AUGGCAAAGUUUUUUUGUUUUUUGGGAUUAUUUCUUGCACUUUUUUUGAGUUCUUCAGCUGCAUUUACCCCUUUGAAAGUCGGGUUCUAUCAGAAAACUUGUCCAUCUGCUGAGAGUAUAGUGAAAACUACAUUGGACCAGGCUUACACCCAAGAUUCUGGCAUAGCUGCUGCACUCAUUAGACUGCACUUUCAUGACUGCUUUGUCAGGGGCUGUGAUGCUUCAAUUCUUCUUGACUCGACACCAGGACACAAAGCCGAGAAGGACAGCAUGGGAAACAAAGGAGUACAAGGUUUUGAUGUAAUUGAUGAAGCCAGAGCCAAAAUAGAAGCUCAAUGUCCCAACACAGUCUCUUGUGCAGACAUCAUUGCCUUUGCAGCCAGAGACAGUGUUUUCAAGGCUGGCGGCCUACACUAUCCUGUCCCAGCCGGACGUCGAGAUGGAACAUUUUCGUCAUCAGACGAUGUCGAAAAAAACCUUCCCGAUGCAUUCUUCAACGUGACAGAAUUGCGCGAAAACUUUGCACGAAAGGGGUUGUCCUUAGAAGAGAUGGUAACUCUUUCGGGCGCUCAUUCUAUCGGAGAUUCCCAUUGCUCAUCCUUUGCCAAACGCUUAUACUCGUUCAAUUCAACAUACUCUCAAGAUCCGUCACUGGAUCCCACCUAUGCUAACUACCUAAAAGGCCUAUGUCCCCGCCCUACGAGCACGAGCACGAACCCGAUCCCAGAUCCGGUCGUGCCAUUUGAUCCUACAACACCUAUCAAGAUUGAUAACAAUUACUACAAGAAUUUGAAAAAUAACAAGGGACUAUUGGUUUCUGAUCAAGUCCUAUGGAACACACCUUUAACUAGACCAUUGGUGAAGAAAAACUCAAAUCAUCCAAAUUAUUGGACUACCAAAUUUGCUGCAGCAAUGGUGCACAUGGGAUCAACUGAAGUUCUAACAGGGAAUCAAGGAGAGAUCAGGAGAAAUUGCAGGAUUGUGAAUUAA